AUGUCGUUGUAUAACGAGUACCAGGUCAAGGGAUACCAUGAGAUCCCGAUUGACACAGCGGUUGGGUUUACAGAGGAGCAACUAAGCCAAAUGGCGUGGUUCUCCCUCUUUGGCGCAAUCUGGCAGACCGGAUACCUGCUCAAUCGGUAUACGUUCACGUCUAAUCCAAGCAUACAUCUCCCCAUCGGUCCCAUGGGAUAUAAGACAUCUCAUUGGAGCGAUUUCGACAGGGACCUGCCACAGACUGUGCUGACCUUCUCGCCCGACGGAAGGGGAUCCUCGUUCCAGGGCCUGAAACAAGCAUUCCCAGUCGUCUGCAAUACCGCAGACAUUCGAGACGAAGUCAUCGCGAAAAUAGGACGGCAAGCAUACUACGACGACUUGCAAGCGAACUGAGAGGAGUGGAUUAGUGAUAGGGAGCGGAAUAUCCCCGAUCUGAAGCUUAUUUGGGGGCGAGGUAUUUCUAGAGAGCAGGGGAUCGAGGCAGGCUGGGAUCGACUAGCUGAUGGAA